UUUGUGCCGCACGCGGUGACAGGGCGGGCUGAAGGACUGCAGCUAUGCAGCGCUCUAAAAGCGGGUCUCACCAAAUAAAGCGGUAGGGGCCCGAGCGAGAGGCGCUCCCCGGCUAUAAAUACCUUCUCUGAGGAGACAACCGGCUUUGGCGGUCUAAGCUCAGGACUGGAGAGCAUCCACACACCGGGGAAGAGAAGCGCAGAAAAGAAACAUUGGUGUUAUCAUCGCGGAACCGAGCAGCAUGCCGAGAGUGGAUGCGGACCUCAAGCUGGACUUUAAGGAUGUCCUGUUAAGACCGAAGAGAAGUAGCCUGCGGAGCAGAUCUGAGGUGGACCUUCAAAGAACUUUCACAUUCCGCAACUCCAAGCAGACCUACAAUGGAAUCCCGGUCAUCGCAGCCAACAUGGACACGACGGGGACGUUUGAGAUGGCGCGGGUGUUCAGCAAGCACACGCUCUUCACGGCCCUCCACAAGCACUACUCCCUGGAAGAGUGGAAGAAGUUUGCUGCCGACUUCCCAGAGUGUUUGGAGCACGUGGCGGCAAGUUCAGGGAGCGGACAGGCAGACCUGGAGAAACUCUGCCGAAUUCUGGAGGCCGUGCCGCUCAUCAAGUACAUCUGCCUUGACGUCGCCAACGGCUAUUCGGAGCAUUUUGUGGAAUUUGUGAAAACCGUUCGGGGAAAAUUUCCAAACCACACCAUAAUGGCUGGCAAUGUCGUAACAGGCGAGAUGGUGGAGGAGUUGAUUCUUUCUGGGGCGGACAUCAUAAAAGUGGGCAUUGGACCAGGAUCCGUCUGUACCACCCGCAUCAAGACGGGGGUCGGCUACCCCCAGCUGAGUGCUGUCAUCGAGUGUGCCGACUCUGCUCAUGGGCUCAAGGGACACAUCAUCUCUGAUGGAGGCUGCUGCUGUCCAGGUGACGUAGCCAAGGCGUUCGGCGCCGGAGCCGAUUUCGUGAUGCUGGGUGGGAUGCUUGCAGGCCAUGACCAGUCUGCAGGAGAAGUCAUCGAGAAAAAUGGCAAAAAGGUGAAGCUCUUUUACGGGAUGAGCUCGGACACGGCCAUGAAGAAGUAUGUGGGAGGUGUCGCCGAAUACAGGGCCUCGGAGGGACGCACAGUGGAGGUCCCCUACAAGGGCGACGUGGAGGACACCAUUCGAGACAUCCUCGGAGGUCUGCGCUCCACUUGCACUUACGUGGGGGCGGCCAAGCUGAAGGAGCUGAGUCGGAGGACCACUUUCAUUCGAGUCACCCAGCAGUCCAGUCACAUGUUCGGCUAGCCGGCCCGAGGACUUGCGUCUGCAUGCCAUGGGGGUCCACAGAGGACGGGGGGUCCGGUGUGCUGCUGGAGGUGGGCUUUGACAAAUAUCCUUUUUCUGAUUCAGUAGGCUCCCUCUGUGCAGUGGUCCCCUGGGGUGCCUUCUGUGUGAGGUUUGCAUGUUUUUCCCGUGUUCUUGUGGGGUCUUCCUGCCGUCCAAAGAAGUGAGAAUGCACUCAAUGAAUUAAAUGUGCUCUCAUUCUGAAUGUAUGAUGAAGGGUGGUAUUGUGGUGGGCCGGGUAGCCCUGCUGCUUCAUGGAUCCCAGUAGGUUGGGUUCCGAACCUCAGCUAAGUUUGCACAUUUUCACUUCCCAGACCCCCCCCAUCCCCCCCGACCCCUUAUUGUGUCUGUGGUGGAUUUGCGUGUUCUCCUCAGGUGUAGCCCCAGUCUGCGCCUUCUCCCUGUGCCCGCGUGUAGUUGGCGGGCUUCGUGUUCAGUUAGUUGAGUUUUGCCCCCAUGUCUCCCAGUGUUUCCAUGGAGUUCAUUUAUAUAGCGCCUUUCUGGACACUCAAAGCACUUUAGAUUGAUGGGGGGGGGGGGGGUGUGCCACUUCCAUCCCCCAUCAACAUGUGGCAUCCACCUGGAUGAAGAGAUAGCAGCUAUUCUUGUGCUGGUGAUGAAGGGAUGAGAGCGACAGUUAGGGGGCCAGAAUGGACAGGAGGGGCAUAAGCUGUGAGCCGCCUGGCGACAUCAAGGAAUUUAAUCGGCCUGACGUUCAGCAUGGAAAAAAAUCAAUCUGAACGUGACAGACCCUCGGUGACCACUCGAAAGAACAGAAAGCGCUUGUUUGAAUGUGUAGUCAGGUGCCACCAGGAAGCCUCCGGAAUGUUUUAUUUACAGAUGUGGUCCGCUCGAUCUUCAUGUCACCUCCUUAGCAGUUUGAUUGGCCCCAGAAAAACGAGCCAAAGACGUAGAUUUUUUUUUUUCCAAGAAUACGAAAAUUCCAUUACGCGUAACAGAAACUUCGAGAUUCCACGUCGUCAGCCUGAUUUAGAGCAGAGGAGGCCCGUCGAGGGUCUGCUGCUGUGCCAGUCCUUUGGGUGACACACAGCCUGAUGUCACAUUCUUGGCCCACUUUUCUUUUGUUGCUGGCACAUGAGCGUGUGACCCGCCCCUCGUGUGAUUGUGGACCACCACGGUGCCAGGCUUAGGGACUUCCCCCAUCUCCCCCAAUGCAGACAGUCGCCACUUUGGGGGGCUGACGUCGGUCUUGUCUUUCUACGUGAUCGAAUUCAUUUUGCUUUUUUUGCCCCACUAAAGGCAGACGUUCAACUUCAUCUAAGACCGGCCGAGCUGCAGCCGAGUCACUUAUGUGCGGAGCUAAACCAGGCCAAGUGUGUUAAGUAAAUAAAAAUAAACGUAACGAGCGGGAGAAGAAUCACAGAUGAAGAAACGGGAAAAGGGGGGGCAAACCUAACAACACCCCCAAGAAGCUCAGGGACAAAAGGCUUCGCUCUUUUAUUUUAUUUUUUUUGUUAAUUUAUGUUUGUACCCACAGAUCGGGUAACAAAAGAAAACCUUUUUAUCGUGUAGACCACACCCCUAAAAGCUACACCUCUAGCAGCAGGGCACCAAUGACGGCUCUCAAAAGGGAAGGACCUAAAA